AGCCCAAACAGUGAACUCCACAGCGGGCGCUGACGUUCGUAUCAAAAAAUAAAUCUGUCCGCAUGUAUCUGGGCUGCUUUUCUGUAUCCCUUGCGUUUCGGUUAUGUCUCCAGUGUCCGCUGGGCGAUGGAUGGUCACGGCGGAUCUCUCUUUUUGCACUGCCUUAUCCAGAACACGACCCCUCCCUGGGAGAAGUUGCAACGCCCAGGCCGUGACGUGGGCUGUUUCGUUGGUGUUGAAAAGCCGUUGCAGUUGCUUCAUAGUGCCAUUGAAGUGAGUCAUCUCUAGGAAGUGUGGUUACAAAAAAAAGGAAAAGAGAGAAAGAAAGAAAAAAAAAAAGUUAGAACUGUUCCGUGAACAGCGGAGAGCUCAGACAGAGUGCGCAGAGUAUCUAGGCAAGGCGACGGGAGUUACUCAGACGAUUAGCUGGGCAGUAGGCUUGAAAGCGAACGUUACCUGCGUGAGUCACUCUGUAACUACACUCGUCUCGACUGGAUCCGUCUGCGGUAGGUGUGCUGCUGACUUUAGGCUGAAGUUUGCGCACCUGAGAGGAUUGACCAUAGUGUAGUAAAGGUCUGCCUGCGACUCAAGAAUAAUAAUAAAAAAGCACAAUAAGAAAUAGCUUUAGCGAGCAGGAAGAAAUAUUCGUUGUAGCUGGCAAUAUCUGUGAGAUGCUUUAGGUUAGUUUACAGGAGCGUAAUUGCACUUUGUCUUUACCAACUCUUCUCUGGAUAUCCCGAAUUAACAACGUCUCGACUCAGAGGAUUUUUUUUUCUGCUCUUGGUGCCUUUUUAACCGCGAGGAUUCUAAAAAAGAAAAAGAGGGGGCGGAGGGUUCAGAUCUCAAACAGUCUCCUCUUUCCUGGACCAUGUACCAGGACUACUCCGGGAACUACGACACCUCGUCCCGUGGCAGCAGCACCUCUCCGGCCCAGCCAGAGUCCUUCACGAGCGGCAGCAGCACGAUCGGAAGUCCGAUCUCUACCUCAAGCUACCAGAAGUACAGGCUCGACAUGCCCGGCUCCAACAGUGCCUUCAUACCCACCAUCAAUGCAAUCACGACCAGCCAAGAUCUGCAGUGGAUGGUGCAGCCCACCGUCAUCACCUCCAUGUCCAACCCUUACUCCCGCUCCCACCCGUACGGCCACCACCUGCCCAACGGGCCGGGGCUGCUGGGGCACAACACGCUGGCUCGGCCCGGGGUCAUCCGCUCCAUCGGGGACGCCAGGGGCCGACGCAAGAGAGACGAACAGCUCACCCCGGAGGAAGAGGAGAAACGGAGGGUGAGGCGCGAGAGGAAUAAGUUGGCAGCCGCUAAAUGCCGCAACCGCAGGCGAGAGCUCACGGAGAUGCUGCAAGGGGAGACUGAAAAGCUGGAGGAGGAGAAAUCGGACCUACAGAAGGAGAUUGAGAACCUGCAGAAGGAGAAAGACAAGCUGGAGUUCAUGCUGGUUGCCCACAAUCCCGUGUGCAAGCUCCCCAUCGACGAGCGCCACCAUCAGCACCAUCAGCACCAUCAGCACCAGCAGCAGCACCAGCAGCAGCACCAGCAGCAGCAGUGCGCCCCGCUCCCGCUGACCAUGCGCCCCAACAUGGGCAGCCGGGCUCAGAUGAACCACAUUGUCGUGAAGCAAGAGCCCGACGAAAACAACGUCGUGGGCAAGCCCCAGCGCUCCGUCAUCAAGCCCAUCUGCCUGGGCGGCGGCGGGAUGUACUGCACGGACGGGGACAGCCUGAACACACCGGUGGUGGCAGCAUCCACCCCGGCUGCCACACCCAACGCCCCAAGCCUCAUAUUCACCUACCCGAGCAUGCUGGAGCCCGAGAGCCCCUCGCCCUCCUCAGAGUCCUGCUCCAAGGCCCACCGGCGCAGCAGCAGCAGCGGGGACCAGUCCUCAGACUCCCUCAACUCGCCCACCCUCCUGGCCCUCUGAGCGGCGGCUGAGAAACAAACACUGUGGCUGACAGCAAGCGUGGGGAUCAACUGCGCCUCCCCUCCCCUACCUUUUUAAAGACCCAAAAGCACAUUCAAAAGUCCAGACCAAGCUGACCAUGUGAGCCGUCCCCCUCCCCCACCUGCAGGGAGACCCACAAGGGCUACACCGCGUGUUUCUUCUUGUUCUGCUUCAGUGUCAUUUUUUUUUUGUAUACGUUCAGAGUGUGUGCAACGAUCCUAAAAAAAGGUGUCCUCCCUUUGCCAUUUCAACUCCAGAGUGUCAACUUGUUUACUGGGAAGACAAUUCUGAAGAGAAACACACCGCAAUCUGGCAAUUGUGAGUCGACGUGACCGCAACCAGGGAGCGCGUUAAUAUAUAUUUUUCUGCAAAUGUUUCAAAAGCCAUGUGGCCGACACUUGCACUUCGCCAAGACGAAUCAAUAAAUCACUAAACGAGGUCAGCGUUCUACUGGGUUUUCUGAGGAGAAGAAGGAGACGACGAGCAAAGACUUCCUCUCGUCUCCUUUUCCAUUUUGAGUUCCUAACAUGGACCUUGAUUCAGGAAUUGCUACAAGCAGUGUGUACACAUUUAUGACGCUAUUUCCAUCUCUUUAAUCAUAUUUAUGGCCCGUGCUGAUUCAGUUUUACAAAGUGUUUUGUUGAGACAUUGUCCUCUCCUUAAUCUGCCUGUAGAAAAGCUAAAUGGUCGUCCACGGCCCUCCUCAGUGUUGCAAAGGAUUACGAGCCAACUUUCAAUCAAUGACUAGUUCCUCAAUACUCUAUAUCUUCUAUUUUUGCCAUAGCGGCUUGACUUUACAGUAGUAUCGGUGUGCUUUUCCUUAGUGAUUCUGUACCUGAACUUUUACAACCUGUUUAUGACAAAUUGUAUGUGAUUUACAUUGAUGUCAGGGAUAUCUCUCAUGUGUAGUAGAACCCAUCGUGAAGCGCGUCGUGCGACUGCGGGGCGGCUGUGCGGUCUAGUGUUGCAGAGGUGGCGAUACACUGCACACGGAGGGAAAAGAAAAUGUCCUCUCCUUGUUGCGUGACGUCGGGGAAAAGGUUUGACUUUUUCUGCUCGGACGAUGCAAAGGUUUGAACAAAGCCCUCCUCCACCAGAUUCUGACCUUCUUUUCUGUGUUUUUGCACGUUCUCUAGAUAAAAUGGCUGCCUCUCAGGGCAGGUUUCAAAAAGCCCAAAAAAAAGCUUUGUUUGACACAUGUAAUCCUGUAAUUUGUCCAUCUUUGUCUAAAAAGGGGGGGAUUUUGCUCAAAUUUUAAACAAAAACAACAAAAAAGCCACUGUGGUCUAGACCGUCUCCAGCUGCCAAUGAUGUCAACCCUGUUUAUACUGUGCUUGUACAUCUGUCACUUUUAGUAAAGACAGUCAGUGAUGUUUAAAUCCAAGUCAGAUGUGCUGAUUUUUUACGGGUGUGUGAACGUCUGCCAACAUAGAGGUACUCUGUAGAGACAUAGUGGAGGCUGAGCCGGCUUUAAACACAGGUCACUUUCUGACAACAAGAAAGGGACUAUUUAUUUUUUUUAACAGCUGGCCUGAGAUGAAAGAGGGGACACCUCGAGAAGAUGUAAUAUCUCUGAAGUUCUAAGAAGCACUUCUUUUUUCGUAGUUUUUACGUGUGUGUAUCUUUAAAGGGAUGAGGGUUUUCAAUACUGUGCACUGAGACAGCGACUAUUUUGUUCUGUUCACUUCAAACAUUCCUAACGUCAGGGGUUUAGAAGGGGGAUGUCGUCUUUGCUCGAAACCCUUUUCUGUUAUUACAGGAGAAAACGUUUUGGUUGGAAGACGUGUGGGUGUGCCGGAUGCAGGAAAACGGACUUUGCAAUUCAAUACAAGCUGCUGCUACUUUGGAAAGAACACGUCGACUGUUUCUCUUCUGAUGACGUUUUGGGUUUAACAUCACCGGCUGUGAUAUCGUGUGGAUGCAAUUGGGGUGGGAGUGGGGGUGUGAGGGGGGGGUCUCUGAUCCUGUAUGACAACAUAAAGAGAAACCAAAAACAUUACUGUGGGCGAGUCUGAUAUGUCUGUAUGUUGAAAUAUUCUGCAGCCCCUCGACACACAUAGGAAAGCCAUUGACUGUAGAUCUUCUGCUGUACAUGUCAUCUACUGUCUGUCGCCUGUUUUCAACUACUAUUACUU